AUGAGGUGACUGAGGCACAGAGAAGUGAAGGGACCUGCCCAGGAUCACACAGCAGACAAGGGGCGGAGCCUGGAUUGGAACCCCUGACCUUUGAUAAUUGAAAGUCGAAGGAUGGAAAGAUGGAUUUUUCCGAUUCACACCUUGCGAUGAACCAGCUCUUACCCACCGAAGCACUUAGUACAGUGCUUUGCACAUAGCAUCACUUAGGAAGCCAAAAGUGACGGAACCAUGGCUCAGUUUCCGGCUCCUUUCGGGGGCACCCUGGAUAUCUGGGCCAUAACCGUGGAGGAAAGAGCAAAGCACGAUCAGCAGUUUCACAGUCUCAAACCCACAUCUGGAUUUAUCACCGGUGAUCAAGCUAGGAACUUUUUUUUUCAAUCUGGGUUACCUCAGCCCGUUUUAGCACAGAUAUGGGCCCUGGCUGACAUGAACAAUGAUGGUAGAAUGGAUCAGAUGGAGUUUUCCAUUGCGAUGAAACUGAUCAAACUGAAGCUCCAAGGCUAUCAGCUUCCCUCUGCACUUCCUCCCAUCAUGAAACAGCAACCCAUUGCUAUUUCCGGUGCACCAGCAUUUGGUAUAGGAGGCAUCGCCAGCAUGCCGUCUCUCACAGCUGUUGCCCCAGUGCCAAUGCCAUCCAUUCCAGUAGUCGGAAUGUCCCCGCCUCUAGUAUCUUCCGUCCCUUCAGCAGCAGCGCCUUCCCUGGCUAACGGCACGUCUUCGGUCAUACAGCCUCUGCCUGCUUUUGCUCAUCCCGCCACAUUGCCAAAGAGUUCUUCUUUUAGUAGAUCUGGUCAAGGGUCUCAGUUAAACGCUAAACUACAGAAGGCACAAUCGUUUGAUGUGGCCAGUGUACCUCCCGCUGCGGAAUGGGCUGUCCCUCAGUCAUCUCGGUUGAAGUAUAGGCAGCUGUUCAAUAGCCAUGACAAAACGAUGAGCGGCCACCUCACAGGUCCCCAAGCAAGAACUAUCCUUAUGCAAUCAAGUUUACCCCAGGCUCAGCUGGCUACGAUAUGGAAUCUUUCGGACAUCGAUCAAGAUGGAAAACUCACAGCAGAAGAAUUUAUCCUGGCUAUGCACUUAAUCGACGUGGCCAUGUCUGGCCAACCCCUGCCUCCAGUAUUGCCUCCAGAGUAUAUUCCACCUUCAUUUAGGAGAGUUCGCUCUGGCAGUGGCCUUUCCGUUAUGAGUUCAGGGUCUGUGGAUCAGAGGUUACCAGAGGAACCAGCAUUAGAAGAAGAGCAGCAGCAGCUGGAAAAGAAAUUGCCAGUGACAUUUGAAGAUAAAAAACGGGAGAACUUCGAACGGGGUAACCUGGAGCUGGAAAAGAGACGACAGGCCCUUCUGGAGCAGCAGCGGAAAGAGCAGGAGCGGCUGGCUCAGUUGGAGAGGGCCGAGCAAGAAAGGAAAGAACGAGAGCGCCAGGAGCAGGAGCGGAAACGCCAACUGGAGCUGGAAAAGCAACUGGAAAAGCAGCGCGAACUGGAGCGCCAGAGGGAAGAGGAGAGGAGGAAAGAAAUCGAAAGACGCGAGGCUGCAAAGAGAGAACUUGAAAGGCAACGCCAACUAGAGUGGGAACGAAAUCGGCGGCAAGAACUCCUGAAUCAAAGAAACAAAGAACAAGAAGAUAUAGUUGUCCUGAAGGCAAAGAAAAAGACUUUAGAAUUUGAGUUGGAAGCUCUAAACGAUAAAAAGCACCAACUAGAAGGAAAACUUCAGGAUAUCAGAUGUCGAUUAUCCACACAAAGACAAGAAAUCGAGAGCACCAACAAAUCUAGAGAGCUGAGAAUUGCAGAAAUCACCCAUUUGCAGCAGCAAUUACAGGAGUCUCAGCAGAUGCUCGGAAGGUUGAUACCAGAAAAGCAGUUACUCAAUGACCAGUUAAAGCAAGUUCAGCAGAACAGUUUGCACAGAGAUUCACUUCUCACCCUGAAGAGAGCUUUAGAAGCAAAAGAAGUAGCCCGUCAGCAGCUUCGAGACCAGCUGGAUGAAGUUGAGAAAGAAACCAGAUCCAAGUUGCAGGAGAUUGAUAUUUUCAACAAUCAGCUGAAGGAACUAAGAGAAAUCCAUAGCAAGCAACAACUCCAGAAACAGAAGAACUUAGAAGCUGAAAGAUUGAAACAGAAAGAGCAAGAGAAAAAGACAGUAGAAUUAGAGAAGCAGAAAGAAGACGUCCAAAGGCGAGCGCACGAGAGAGAGAAACCGUGGCCGGACCGGGCGCAGCAGGACGAAGACUACCACCGGCCUAAAAAGCCACACGAGGAGGAGAGGCUAAAGAGGGAAGAAGCGGCCAAGAAGAAAGACACGGAGGAGAAAGGUGCACAAGAGAUGCAGGAGAAACUCAGUCAACUUUUUAAGCCGCAUCCGGAACCAGCUAAACCAGCAGUUCAAGCCCCGUGGUCCAGUGCAGAAAAGGGCCCGCUUACUAUUUCCACACAGGAGGAUGUGAAGGUAGUGUAUUACCGAGCGUUGUACCCUUUCGAGGCCAGGAGCCAUGAUGAAAUCACGAUUCAGCCUGGAGAUAUAGUCAUGGUAAAAGGGGUCUGGGUGGAUGAAAGCCAAACCGGAGAACCUGGCUGGCUUGGCGGGGAGUUGAAGGGAAAGACGGGAUGGUUUCCCGCCAACUAUGCCGAGAGGAUCCCUGAAAGCGAAGUUCCAGCACCGAGCAAACCUGCCGCGGACCCCCCUCCCGCUCCCGCCGCUCUGCGGGAAACUCCCACUCCCGUGGCCCCCGCCUCGUCCGAUUCGUCCACGGCCUCCAACAACUGGGCCGACUUCAGUUCCACGUGGCCGAGCAACACUAAUGAGAAAGCGGAGACUGACCACUGGGAUGCCUGGGCAGCCCAGCCCUCCCUCACAGUGCCAAAUACCGGGCAGCUGAGACAGAGAUCGGCCUUUACCCCAGCCACCGUCACGGGCUCCUCGCCCUCUCCUGUCCUGGGCCAGGGUGAAAAGGUGGAGGGGCUCCAGGCCCAAGCUCUGUAUCCUUGGCGGGCCAAAAAGGACAACCAUCUCAACUUCAACAAAAACGAUGUCAUCACGGUCCUGGAGCAGCAAGACAUGUGGUGGUUUGGAGAAGUUCAAGGCCAGAAGGGUUGGUUUCCAAAGUCUUACGUGAAGCUCAUUUCGGGUCCCAUAAGGAAAUCCACAAGCAUGGAUUCAGGUUCUUCAGAAAGCCCCGCUAGUCUAAAGAGGGUGUCAUCACCAGCUUCCAAACUUCCCGUACCAGGGGAAGAAUUUAUCGCCAUGUACACCUACGAAAGCUCCGAACAGGGAGAUUUAACCUUUCAGCAAGGGGACGUGAUCUUGGUCACAAAGAAAGAUGGCGACUGGUGGACAGGAACAGCGGGUGACAAAUCCGGAGUCUUCCCUUCUAACUACGUGCGGCUCAAGGAUUCCGAGGUCCCCGGAACCGCUGGGAAAACAGGAAGUUUGGGAAAGAAACCAGAAAUUGCCCAGGUUAUUGCCUCUUACACAGCCACCGGCCCCGAACAACUCACCCUGGCACCCGGUCAACUGAUUCUGAUCCGCAAGAAGAAUCCCGGAGGAUGGUGGGAAGGAGAGCUUCAAGCACGUGGGAAAAAACGACAGAUCGGCUGGUUCCCGGCAAAUUACGUCAAACUCCUGAGCCCCGGCACCAGCAAGAUCACACCAACCGAGCCCCCUAAGGCAACAGCAAUACCUUCGGUGUGCCAGGUCAUCGGAAUGUACGACUACGCGGCCCAGAACGACGACGAGCUGGCGUUCGGCAAGGGCCAGAUCAUCAACGUCCUCAACAAGGAAGACCCCGACUGGUGGAAAGGGGAGGCGAACGGGCAAGUGGGCCUCUUCCCCUCCAACUACGUGAAGCUGACCACCGACAUGGACCCGAGCCAGCAAUGGUGCGCGGACUUGCAUCUGCUGGACAUGCUGACCCCUACGGAAAGGAAGCGCCAGGGCUACAUCCACGAGCUGAUCCUGACCGAAGAGAAUUACGUUAAUGACCUGCAGCUAGUCACAGAGGUCUUUCAGAAACCCCUAAUGGAAUCCGAGCUGCUGACGGAAAAGGAGGUGGCCAUGAUUUUUGUCAACUGGAAGGAGCUGAUAAUGUGUAACAUCAAACUACUGAAGGCCCUGAGGGUGCGGAAGAAGAUGUCGGGGGAGAGGAUGCCCGUGAAAAUGAUCGGCGACAUCCUCACGGCCCAGCUGCCGCACAUGCAGCCGUACAUCCGCUUCUGCAGCUGCCAGCUCAACGGGGCCGCCCUCAUCCAGCAGAAGACCGACGAAGUCCCCGAGUUCAAGGAGUUCGUCAAGAGACUGGCCAUGGACCCCCGCUGUAAAGGGAUGCCCCUGUCCAGCUUCAUCCUGAAGCCCAUGCAGCGGGUGACCAGAUACCCCCUCAUCAUUAAAAACAUCCUGGAAAACACGCCCGAAAACCACCCCGACCACUGCCACCUGAAGCUGGCCCUGGAGAAGGCGGAGGAGCUGUGCUCCCAAGUCAACGAGGGCGUGCGGGAGAAGGAGAACUCGGACCGGCUGGAGUGGAUCCAGGCCCACGUACAGUGUGAAGGCCUCUCGGAGCAACUGGUCUUCAACUCGGUGACCAACUGCCUGGGGCCCCGCAAGUUCCUGCACAGUGGGAAGCUGUACAAGGCCAAGAGCAACAAGGAGCUGUACGGCUUCCUCUUCAACGACUUCCUCCUGCUGACCCAGAUCAUCAAGCCGCUCGGCUCCUCGGGCACCGACAAAGUCUUCAGCCCCAAGUCGAACCUGCAGUACAAGAUGUACAAAACGCCCAUUUUCCUGAACGAGGUCCUGGUCAAGCUGCCGACCGACCCCUCCGGAGACGAGCCCAUCUUCCACAUCUCCCACAUCGACCGGGUCUACACCCUCAGGGCCGAAAGCAUCAAUGAGAGGACGGCCUGGGUGCAGAAGAUUAAAGCCGCUUCCGAACUGUACAUAGAGACGGAGAAAAAGAAGAGGGAAAAGGCUUACUUAGUGCGCUCCCAGAGGGCCACAGGCAUUGGCAGGCUGAUGGUGAACGUGGUGGAAGGAAUUGAGUUAAAGCCCUGCCGCUCACACGGAAAGAGCAACCCUUACUGCGAGGUGACCAUGGGCUCCCAGUGCCACAUCACCAAGACCAUCCAGGACACGCUGAGCCCCAAGUGGAACUCCAACUGCCAGUUCUUCAUCAAAGACCUGGAGCAGGACGUGCUGUGCAUCACCGUCUUCGAGCGGGACCAGUUCUCCCCGGACGACUUUCUGGGUCGGACGGAGAUCCGUGUGGCCGACAUCAAGAAGGACCAGGGCUCCAAGGGCCCCGUCACCAAGUGUCUCCUCCUGCACGAAGUCCCGACCGGAGAGAUAGUGGUCCGCCUGGACCUGCAGCUCUUCGAUGAACCGUGAGGGGAGCGGCCGCCCCCCCCCCCGCCCCGCCCCCGGCUCCGUGGCCAGACCUGGCCCCGGCGGGGUCGGCCCGAGCCUCCGGGAAGCCGCCGUUCCGUUUGGGUGGGGCCGUGGCCGCGGUGGGGCCGAGGGGAGAGGUCCGCGCCUGCUCCGAGUGGACCCGACUCUGCUCUUUGUCAAGUUUUUCCCUCAAACCCAUCCCGAUGGUGCAAAGCUGACUGAGGGGGUGGUCAGUGACCAAGCUAUUCCUGCUGGGCUCCUGCCCGGGGGCGGGGCCCGUCAGUCACUGAGGCCUUGCACAGGUGUUGGGUUUGUUCUUUUAAAGGCUGUCACCCUUCCCGACCCCACCCGGUCCUUUCCCACUCCCCGCCUCUCACCCCAGAUAGGAUCUGUGACCCGCAACUCUUGGCCCUUAGAGUGACAGAGAAAAUCACUCGAACGGAUGGUUCCCGGAGGCUGGCGUUCCCUCCUCCCCAGGAAGUGCUCGCCGGAGCUUCGGAGCCUGAGGGCCAGCGGGUCUUGCGGAGGGCCGAGACCCCCUGGGUGGAGAUUUAGGGGUUUCCUGUAGUCGACUCCCCGGUCUGCCCUUGGGACAAGAGGGAAAGCUGUUGGCAACCCAGGGCGGGAGGGUGUAAACCCGACCCUCAGACUUUGGGCCGCGGGCCCGGAAUCUCCUCGGGCGUCGCCUCCUCCGGGUCCACACUCCCCAUCCCCACCGGCUCCAAACGGUCCCCCAUCCCUCCCCAGCCCCCGGUCCACUCCCCCCCGAGGACGCUGACUGGAGCGAGGAGGCGCCCGAGCAGGCCGGUACGUAGAGUCCGGCUCCAUCCGGCCGCAAUGGGGACGCGGCUGCGGGCUGCUCGCGGGAGAAGUCGGAAUGUUUCGUUUUUGUCGUUAGCAUGGUAGUGUGCGCGCAGACCCCCUCCGCGGGCCGCAAAACGUCUCUUGCAUGUUCUUGUCCCGGUCCUGACGUCACGUCCCCUCCCCCGCGGAGGGGGUUCCCGCGGGGGGUCCCAGCGGGGAAGCCUCCGGGCAUUGCAGACACAGGCUGCGGUGUCGCGUGUCCCAUCGGGGGCACCGGAGUCAGGGCCGUUCGUGGUUUCCCCAGCGGAGCACUGAAAUGUUCAAGCGGAACGUACGGUGGAGGAAGAACCGAGUUUACAUUUCAUACUUUUAAGGAACACUUUAUUAUUUAUUUAUUGAAGAUAGGGUAGCAUUUUGUAUCAAAGGUAACCAGACCUAAGUAUUUUUUUGAACCAAGGAGAGACGCGUCCCUCAGUUUAGGAACUCGCAAGCGAGCGGGCUGAGGGACUACGUCCAGACCCCCUCCCGGCUGAAACGCAGUUCAGGGUCUUUUAAGUUUCCGUUCUAUGUUGUUCAGUGUUUCGGAUUAAACCUACAGGUAGACCUCUCCACCUCCUGAUUUCGUAGUUCUCUAGCAAAGCCUGGGCUCCGGUCUGCAGUUCGGGGAAAUGCGUAACGUAGCGAUGACAGUAUUGAUUAGGCGCUUACCGGGUGCAGAGCCCUGCCCUACGGGCCGGGGAAACGAUUCACGGGUGAUCGUUGGACACGGAGAGUUAGCACGUGUGUCGGGCCAGUUCAGCGUCAGUAGCGAUCCCGGGGUGCUAGCUAUUUGCAGGUCCGGCUCUCGGGCCUGGUUUCUCGGUGCUGCCGAGGGGGCUUGGAGUCGCCCUAUCCCGUAGAAGGAGUGACGUUGGCAGCGAAAGCUUUCUGGGCAGAUUGCAGUCAGCAGAUUCGCAGAGUUGGGGAAGCACCUCAGCCUCCCCCGUUAGCGUCCGGUGGGCCUCGGCAGUGUCCGGCGGGGGAGUCUUACGAGGUUGCGCGGGGCUUGAGCAGCAUCGAGUCUGAAGGUGCCGGGUGGGGGGGCGGCUCUUCCCGUGCCUGACGGCAGAGGCUCUCCCCCAGGGCGCUGGUGUCGGUGGGGUCUUGACCUUCCAAGUGCGGUCUGUCGAGGUCCCUCGAAGGAACUGUCAAUAGUUUGGGGACCAGAAGGCCCCUAUCUAUGCCUAGAGGCGUGGAAGCUGGCCUCUGCCACCGUGGGAGAUGUCUUGGAGGGCGAUGCCCUCUGUAGGCCCUCCGAAAACGCGCCUCUCCAACGCUCAUCUCUUGGAGGACAGGAGAAGCUCGUUACCAAGCAAGCGGAGGAAGGAUGAUAUAGUGGGGAAGGAGGUGGAUAGGAGGCAGGAAGGCUAGAGGAGGCAUUACUCAAGGCAGCGUUGUGUCAGACGUAAGGAAGAGUCUAGGCUGGAACAGGCCCCUGAGGGAGUUGUGACCCCUUGGAGAUCUUCAGCCAGAGAACGGGCGUCCGUCUGCCCCGGCUGGAUCGAGUGGUUCUCCCGUUCGGAGGCCGCCCGCUGACCCGGAUGACCCUUCUAGAGCUCCUCAUCUCUGGCACCCCGUUCUGGCUCCGUGCUAUUUUUAAACUCCGGAAGAUGUGCCGGGGGAGGGAGAGAGGUCGUCGGUCAUUUGUCAGCCCCGAGGUGGCCGAUGGGUGGGCUCGGCACAGGAAGGGGCCGGCUGCCUCCCGGAGCCGGGGGGAAAGGCAGGAGGACGGUACCGAAGUCGGGUCGUCGUAGAGCCGUAGGGGCUUCGGGGGGUCAUCUGGACCAGCCCCCUGCCCGACUUCUCAGGCAGGUGUUCUGAGCCCUCACCUCCCCCAGUGGACCUCCCUGACCCAUCUAAGCCAGCUGGUGGCCCAGGGGGAGGGAAAAAUCACGGGAUGGCGGUGGCCAGCGCCAGGUUUAUAGCACUUUAGUCUUUCAGAUUGGAAAGGGCCUUUUGCUGCCGGGUAAACGUCCGUGGCCUGGUCGGACCACCCUGCUCCCUGGGCCUGUCCGGCCACGGACCCUUGAGCGUCGCAUCCGCUCUUAGAAAGCGGAGCGCCGACCACGACGUCCAGAGGGGAUCGCCUGCGUCCGUCUUCCUAGGAAUCCGUGGGCUGGGACGUCGUUACCUCUGCACCCGAAUUUGCCGGAAAGAGAAUGAAUUUAAAAAAAAACAGUAGCCCUUUUUAAAGACAUUCCUAGAAAAUUACCGUCGUUAUUCAGGCAGAUUCCAACCAGUGUUCACUGGCCUUCCUUAAUCAUUUCACCCUUCUGUGUUUUUAUAAGGGAACUCGUGUUGGAGUUGCUCUGAAUCCCAGAUUUUAUCUUUGUUGGCUAUCCCCAGGCGCAGGCUGGCCACGGGGCCUGGAGUGAAGCAUCUGGGAAAUCAUUGUUUAAAGGAGAUCAGGGAUUGGGAGAAGCUUUUUAGACACCUCUUGGGAGAUUCUUGGACCGCGACUUUCUGGUUUUACGUGAUCUGCUCCCGGGCCCCACGUACCAGAGGGCGGCGAGGCUGGUACGUUCACAGGUGGAGAGGCGACUCGUCCGUGUGGAGACACGUCGUUAGGGUGCAGUUCCGCUCCAGUGAAAUUGUCUUCUGCUCACCCCUGCCUCCCACUGAAUGUCUCGGUGGGAGCCCAGAGCUCCGGUCCACUUGAUGAAAAGGUUCACGCUUUAGAUGCAUCAUAAAAAUUUCACCUGUAUGUAUAUGGGUGUGUGUCUGACUAAAUGUGUAUAUACCGUAUAUAGAGGCAACGUUGUCAAAUAUCGCAUAAAUCUAACGGAACAGAGUACCGUAGGCAUAUACUAUUUUACUUGUUCUUUUAAGUAUUUUAAACUGUGAAUCGUCCUUGAGAGAUUAUUUUUCUGUAUAUAUUAUAUAUGAGACUAUUUUUAGGAUUUUAAGUGCAUAAAACUUUAGCCAAAAAUCCCCCACCCCAAUCUGACAGGAAAUGAACAGAAACGCUGAGGAUCCGGCCCAAUUCCCGAAAUCUUCGAUUUGAUACAGGGAAGUUCCAGAGUCAGCGCUCGGGCUUGGACAGGCCAGCAGUUUGGAGAGGUCCAGCGUCCCUUUAGUUUUCCCGACAAAGGAAACAGGCGGGAUGUUGGUCUGGGAAAGGGGGGUGCGGGGUUAAACCACCCAGGAGGCAGUAGAUCAUGCGUCCGGUGGCCGGUGAGGGGAAGCCACGCGUUUUGCCCUCUGUCGGGAACGGUAGCCCAUUUGGCCAGUGUUAACUGCACUCCCAGUGAGGCCCCUACUCACACCCACAUCUAGAUCAUUAGAGAAGCAGCGACGCAGUUCAACUGGCCACCGGAAGGUGCUGGAAAUAUGCGGAUUCUCUGGCCUUUUGUCCCGUCUGGUGGGGGCCUGGCUGAGGUCAGGAGCUACCUAGAACCCAGCUUCUUCUCAAGGGCCCGGGGAGGGGGGCGGUGAGGCUGCGGUCUAGCAGAAGCGAUAGCAGCAGCGUUUGAGCAUCCACUUGGGGAGGUGCGCUGUAUUAGACGUCGGGGAAGUACAAAAAUUAACUAAUGACAAUCCGCCGCCCCCGAAGAGCUGAUAAUCUAGAUCCCGUUCAAGCAGAGAGAGGGGAGACGGGCAAGCCUGACCUCGGGGGCCUUACACCGCACGUCGCCCUCGGCACCGGCCUCGCGGGCCGGUUCUGUUCGGAGACCGUGCUUGUCCCCACCGUGGGUCCGAACAGAUAGCCCUGGCACAAUCCUCCAUUCAAAACUUCGGCUCAUGAAGGGCAUUUAGAAUUUUUUUAAACCUUUAAUGAGAUCAGAAACGAGUCAUUUUUACUUACUGUUGGUAUGCCCAAAUGGCUCUACGGAGUGAAUUUUUUUUUUUUUCAGUGUUAAUAGUUGGGAAAAUCCCACCUGGUAGUGCUGUUAAUUGCUAGUACGUUUUCUGUUGCCAAAUAAUGGUAUCGUAUUGUUUCCCUUUAAAAGGGGAGCGCCGUUCUGUACGUAGUGUUCAUGAGAUCCUAAAAAUGACUAGGAAAACAAUUACAAACUGGUGUUUUAUGUAUCUGUCAGGGAGCUGAUGAAGCUGGGACAAUAAAAUUAGUUUUCUUCUUUCCCAAAAGUAACUGAAAUGCGAUUUUUCUGGUUGGGUUGUGGUGGGUCCUGGGGCUUUUCGCAGGCAAGGCAUGUUGAUUUUUAACCUAUCUGGUUUUGGGAUUAAAGAAAAAGAACCCGUAGAUACCAUUCUGCCUGAAGGUCUUGAAUUUGGACAACCUCUUUCCGGGGGCUGGAAUGUUUGAACCUGCGCCUUCUGCUGGCGUAAGUCCCCAGGGUGUCAGGUACCGAAUCGGGAGGAGGGGCAGAGCCCACGGCCUCUGCCUCAGGAAAGAAACACCAAUGCCAGCAGAAUCAAUUCCUGUGCAUUUCACCCAGGUGAGGUCGGAAUUGUACGGGCCGAUGAUGUAAAAAUAAACUCCCUCCUCUUUUUUUUUCUAAGA